ACUCUCUAUCAACUCAAGCACUUACUGUACAACAAUGGUGACCCCUUCUUUGAGCAAAGAUACUGCCAAGGCUGUUCUUCGUCAGGUAGAGUUUUACUUCAGUGAUAGCAAUAUUCCAAAAGACGAUUUCCUCAAGAAAAAGAUCAAGGAGAGUCAAGAUGGAUUGGUCAGUUUGGCAUUGAUUUGUUCUUUUUCAAAGAUGAGAAGCCAUUUGAAUUCAGUGGCAUUGAAGAAUCCAGAAGAUGUACCAGAAGCUACUUUAAAUGCUGUUGCUGAAACUCUCAGAACUUCAUCUUCCCUCAAGGUUUCUGAAGAUGGGAAGAAAGUAGGAAGAAGCACCGAGCUAUUAGAGCCUGAGGAAUUGAUAGAGCAAUUGGACAGUAGAACGAUUGCCGCGUCGCCGUUCGAGUUCAUCGUCAAGAGGGAAGAUUUAGAAACCUUUUUCAAUCAGUAUGCUAAGGUUAAUAGUGUGAGGUUGCCUCGUAAUGUAGCGAACAAGAAAUAUUUUUGCGGCACGGCUUUGAUCGAAUUCUCGGCCGAGGAAGAUGUUGAAAAGGUUUUGGGACAAAGCUUGGCUUUUGCCGGUGCUGAACUGGAGUUAAAACCGAAGAAGGAUUUUGAUGCUAUAAGAGAGAAAGAAGCAGAGGAGUAUGAACGUAAUCGUCCUUCGAACAACUCCGAUACCGAAGAAAAAUACCCGAAGGGCGUACUUGUUGCUUUUAAAUUGAAGAGCAUUUCGACUCGGGACUCUGCAAAGCAAAAUUCUGAUGAAACGAAGACUGCAGAGAAUCAAAAUGGUGAGGAAAAGAUUGAUGAUAAACAUGAAAGUCCCAUUGAGGAGGAGGAGGUUGAUGAGAAGGAAUGUAAAUCCGCUGCAUCGGUCUAUAAAGACGAUAUGAAUGUCGUUUUACGGGAGGAUUUGAAGGAUGUUUUUAAGAAAUUUGGUACUUUGAAGUAUGUUGACUUUAGAAUCGGGGAAGAUAAGGGUUACAUUCGGUUUGACGAAUCCGAAGCACCCCGGAAAGCUCAUACUGCUGCAGUCUCGGCUAAAGAAGGUGGUCUGGUUGUAAAAAAUUUCAUUGCCACUUUAGAACUGGUGACCGGUGAUGCUGAGAGAGAGUAUUGGAAUCAACUCCGUUGUAACCAAGAAAAGCACAGGGGAAGCAACAACCGAUUUCAAUCGAGGGGAGGGAAGAACAACAGAGGUGGAAAACGUGGCUGGGGUGGAGAAAAUGGUUCUCGUCGAGGUCGUCCUGAUAAAGCUAGAAGAGCUUGAGCACCGCGAGCUGUGUGAGUGAGUGAUAUAUGGACACUUCAAAAAUGGGGUUUGGGAUCCCUUGUGAAGCAAUAGCUUGAGGAAUGAGCCUGUGGUUCUUGUUUGUUUGGUUUUAAGUUAAAUGACUUCCUUUAUAUAUUAUCUAUGUUUCAAGUUCA